AGUGGAUGUUGGUAAACACCUUCAGAAUGUGUUUAUGUUUGAGAAGAAACAUGUCUUGUUCUUUCUGAUAUUGUCAAACAUAGCAAUAAAUACAGCAUAAUUCAUAUGCCCAUUUUAUUUUCUAUUAUGGCCAAGAUCUAAAACUAUUUUGGCUAGAUCGUGUUCAAGUAGCUUUAAUUCACAAAAACAUUGAAGAUAAGACUACAAUUGAAAUAGUCUCAGUUUCUACUUGGAUGCGCCUUGCUACGAUGAGCAAUGCGCAGCCUUUUUCAACCGUGUUUCCAGCACAGUCUAUUUGCAAAUCAUAGGUGAUUAAAGUGGUUUGGUUCUUUCAGUUGAGCAUCAUUGAAUGAGAUGGAGGAGUUGGAACAACCUGUGGUUAACACAUCUAUGAGUGACCCCUCUUCUUGGGCCAACUCUGACCUGGACCUGGACUCGGAUGCUGUUGAGAAUUUCAGGAGGAAACUCAAGUACUUUUUCAUGAAUCCAUGUGAGAAAUUCAGGGCACGUGGGCGAAAACCAUGGAAGCUGAUGUUGCAGAUUCUUAAAAUUGCCGUUAUUACAAUUCAGUUGGUCUCUUUUGGACUAAGUAACCAAAUGGUUGUUACAUUCAAAGAAGAGAAUCUGAUGUCAUUUAAGCAUCUUUUUCUGAAAGGAUAUAAUGACCAGAGCUCUGGCACGUAUGCUGUGUACACACAAAAUGAGGUGUAUGAGCACAUCUAUUUCAUAAUUGACCAGUAUUUACACCUGCAUAACAUCACUGUGGGAAACCAUGCUUAUGAGAAAAAUGGUGGAAUCUAUACACCACUGUCCCUCUGCCAGGAUUUCUAUAAAAAUGGAAGCAUUUGGCCUGGGAAUGAGACCUUUGACAUUGAUGCUCAGAUUGAAACAGAAUGUAUUGAAAUACACCCACUAAAUCCUUCAGCAGAAGCUAAACUUGAUGCAACUUGGCUGAAUUUCACUCUGUACUUUAAAAGACUGUUAUCUGUGGAUAUUGACUUCACGCUGAAGGCUAUAAAUCUUCAGACAGUACGCCAUCACGAGCUGCCGGACUGCUAUGACUUCACUGUCAUGAUAACCUUCGACAACAACGUUCACAGUGGAAGAAUACAAAUUAAUCUAGACAAUGAAGUUGACAUCAAAGAAUGUAAAGACUGGAACAUAACAGGGGCAUCUGCCCGGAACAUCUACUAUAUCUUGCUUUUUGAUUCCUUCAUCAUUUUAAUCUGCUUGGCUUCCCUAGUUUUAUGCACCCGAUCAGUUUGCAGUGGGGUCCAACUUCAGUUCGAAUACGCUGCCUUUUUCCAGACAUGCCACCAUAAGAAUGUGAGCUGGUCUGAAAGAAUGGAGUUUGUAAAUGGCUGGUAUAUUCUUAUCAUCAUCAGCGACUCACUAACCAUUGUUGGUUCCAUUCUUAAAAUUGAAAUUCAGGCAAAGAAUUUAACAAGUUAUGAUGUCUGUAGCAUUUUGCUGGGGACAGCCACAAUGCUCGUCUGGGUUGGAGUCAUUCGGUACUUGGGCUUCUUUAAGAAAUACAAUAUCCUUAUCCUGACCUUGAGAGCGGCUUUUCCAAAUGUGAUCCGGUUCUGCUGUUGUGUGGCCAUGAUCUACCUGGGUUACUGCUUCUGUGGUUGGAUUGUUUUGGGGCCUUACCAUGAGAAAUUCCGAACCAUUAACACUGUGUCGGAGUGCCUGUUUUCCCUCAUCAAUGGAGAUGACAUGUUUCCGACUUUCAAGAAUAUGCAACAGAAGAGCUACCUGGUCUGGCUGUUCAGCAGACUGUACCUGUACUCCUUUGUCUCACUCUUCAUCUAUAUGGUGCUCAGCCUCUUCAUCACGCUCAUUACUGAUACAUAUGAAACUAUUAAGCAACACCAACGCGAUGGUUUUAUUGAGACGGACCUGCAAGCAUUCAUAGGAGAGUGCAAAGACCCCCCCAGUUCAGGAAGGUACAGGGUUGAAACAAGUUCUACAUGCUUCUGCUGCUGCUCUUCCAGGUUUGAUGAAUCUGAAGAGAAGCUACAAUGUUAGGCUCAGGAAGUUGUGUUUUCUGCAGCCAUUGCACAUUUGUCUCAGAUGCCAGUGAAAUGAGUGCCCUUCUGUUUACAUUCAAUUGUGUUAAUGAGUUCUCUUUCGUUUACGUUCAGUCGUGUUAAUGUAUAAACCAUGCUACAUAUUACAAGUACUUGAAUGUGAAAUAUCAAUAUUUUCUAUGAAAAGUGAGUAUUAUUAAGAUUUUCAGUAGCCCAACAAGGCUCUGCAGUGAUACAUUUUUCUCUUUCUUUUUGAAGUGCCUGCCUUAAUAGACUUUACACUUAUGUUGCCACAGCUGAAUGGAAAUCAAAAUGAAUAUGUUGACCACUUGAAUGUGUUGUUCUUUUGUAUCAAUGGCCAUUCUCAAAUCACCUCAACGUCACCCAGUGAGGGAGGACCCAAGAUGGAUGGAUAAUUCUGUUCCUCAUCACAGAAGGCUGCAAACACCUGCAAUCUUUACAAAUUAAACCGUACUCUAGUGCAAUAACUACAUUGUACAGCUGGAGGAGGAUGUCAGGAUAAAACGAAACAGCUGGCUACGUGCAAUACAUAGACUUUUUUUCAAUGGUGGGACGGGCCUAUUAUACUAUAACUACUGGACAUUUGAAAUUGCCAAAUGGAGGAAUUAACCAUUUACAGUAAUAUCCCCUUCAAAAUAAAGCAUUAAUUCAUUAAUGUGAUUUGGCGAAACGUAAGAGGCUUGU